AUCACGACAAUAUGGCGGACGAAAACAUAUACUGCGGGAGCUGGAAGAUCACGAAAUGCAUAUCGCUGGCCGCAGGAACUGAGGUUGCAGAUGUCGAAGGGACGGAGUUCACGCUCGACGAAAGCGGAGACCUUACUUGGAAGAUUCCGGACAACGCGGAAUCCAUGCCCUUCUUCAGUUGUGAGACUUUCGAGGUGUUUCUUGGGAACCCGCACUACAUCAGAUUCUUCGGUACCUUUGCCGGUCACGUCAUUGAGUUUCGGGUGGCCCAUUCCGACGAAGACGGCAUUAACCUGAUUUAUGAGGGUUGGUGCGUCCUGCAAUGCGUAAAGCUGGCACAAGCAGAAACGGGUUGGGACGAGCCUUUCAGCUAUCUGCAUGCGCUCGAGGAAGGCUACUUCUCCGACGCUGUUAUCACGGCGGAAGGUGGAAAACAGCUUCCGGUGCACCUGACAUUGCUCCGGCUGAGCUGUCCCCUGGUGGACUGGAGGUCCGGAAGUCCGCUGGACGGACUUCCGGACCCUGUGGUGCGGGCGGCCCUGCACUGCGCCUACGCGGACUGCCUGCCUCCUGGAACCACCGAGGAGACUGCACGGUCCUGCCUCGCACUGCUCGGGUCUCCUGUUGUGGGGUUCGAGAGGUUGACCGCGCUCUGCCAGCUCUUCCUCCACAAUGCGGCCGUGCGGCAACAGGUGGUAUCCCUGGUCGCCGACAUGCACCGCUGCGCAUCGAGCGUCGUCGACUGCUUCAGCGCCAAGGUCGGCCCAGAGAACUCGCCCGGCGGUGGGCACCGAAGUGGCGGUGCGGUGGCUAACGCCGCAGCCGCGCCGGCACGCCUCUGCUACGUGGUGGGGCAGGCCCUGCGGGAGUGUGCGGUGGCAGCCUCCAAGCUGCUGCUGCUGUGUGACCUCUUCUCCCGCCACAAGCACCAGCUCUCGCGCGAGGAGAGGCGCGACCUCAUCAAGUACUGCGUGUCCAGGCUACCCAUCUUCAUGAACCAGCUGCAGAAACUGCUCGAGGCGGUCAAGCGGUCAUUCGGGAACCUGUCUUUCACGGAGCGCACGGUCAUCGCGGCCUACGUCGUACCCGAGAUCGAGUCUUCCCUGGACUCGCUGUUCCAACUGAUUGCGGAGGCCAAGUGUGCCCUGGACCUGAUCAUCAGCCGGAUGAGCAACGACAAGGGGUGCUCCGCAUCCGCGGCCUCGGACUCCGAGGGGAAGGCCACCGUCGGACAAGUCCUCAACCGGUCCCUCAGAAACUCCCUGAACGUGCGGGAACUGGUGAAGCUGCGCAGUUUCUACGAAAAGGUGUUUGUGACCUUCAUCAGCCUCAUGCGGAAAAAGGAAAGCUUCUGCGACAUGGGCAGUGGGAGCAAGAUCCGGUCGGUUGCGAAGAAGUUGGAGCAGUUCAUCGAUGAGAUUCCCAUGCUGCUUCUGCGCAUCGAAGAGCUUCGCUCGGCGGUCUUGGAAAAGCAGAGCUGGAAAGAGUGGAAGUUUCUCUUCAAGCUUGGCACUUCCAAAGUGACCUGGGUGCUGAACAAGCUGGUGUCUCACCGUUCCACCCUGAAGACGGUGGUGGCCCACUUGUGCGACCUGGUAGCCAGGGACCAGUUCACCUCGGCGCUUGUGCAGCUGGGAGUCUUGACACCUGCGUCCGGGCAGCCGCACCAGAACGGCGUGGAAAACGACGAUGCGACGUCAGCGCCGGUUGCAGCGGCAGUCUCGCCCGCUGUGGAUUCCUUGCAGACGGAAUCGCUGGAAUCCCUGUGCGUUCCGCCUCCGGCCAGGGAUAGCCGGCUGGCCAAGGACAGUCUGCAGUUGCUGCUGGACGGCAAGGACACAGACAUGUCCUUUGAGAUUGUGCCACCCGUCGUCCCCGGUUACGGAGGCGAGUCCAGUCCAGAAAGCGGAGGCGACGCACUGACAGUGUCGCACCGUCGAAUCGAGGCCCAUCGGGUCGUGGUGGCAACACGCUGCAACUGGUUCAAGAAGGCGCUGCUAAGCGGCAUGCGGGAAUCCAUUGACAGGAAAAUAGUGGUCCACGACACUCACCCCGAGGUGUUCCGGCUCUUCCUGGAGUACCUCUACCGGGGCUGCCUGGACUCGCGGACUCUGGCCACGGAACAGCUGGUGGAACUCAUGCAGCUCGGAGACCGUUAUGAGGUGGACAUGCUGAAGCAGAUAUCAGAGGAUGCGCUCAGAGACCACCUGGACGAGGACUCGGCGCUGUUCCUGUUGAAUUUGGCUGAUCAGCUGAAUGCACGAAACCUCAGGAACUCAGUUCUGGAGUUUGUGGCCAUCAACAAAGACGUUGUGAAGAGUGAGGGCUACUUCGAGUUGCCCAAGGACCUGCAGACGGAGAUCAUGGAGACUAUCACCUGGUUUGAGCUCAGGAGUUCCCAGAGGGCGGAGGACACUGCCCCUUUUGGCCGGCCGUUUGAGGUCACCAGCCCCGGCUCGGCGUCUUCCAGCCUGCUCGACAUGGACGAGUUUGCCUCGGCACUCAACAUCUCGGGCAAGGAGCUGACCGGCAACGGACACGGCGAGCGAGGCGCGGCUCAGUCCAGCAGCUGGAACUCCUUGGAAGAGCUGCCCCUGACCCACGACUCGGCACAACUCGAGGUGUGCGUGGAACAACUCCGCGACGUCGUCGGCGAGGCUGUCCCCCGGGAGGCCCUCGUGCAAGUGUCCCUGGCCGCCGACUACGACGUCAACCGGGCUCUCAACUUCUUCUUCGCCUGAGAGCCUGCAUUGUGCUGCAGCGCGAGUCACGGCCCGAGCUGAAACCAGCGGUCGUAGCGAGUUGCCUUUUGUUUGAAUGCGGCUGCCUCUCGCAUCGCAGGUUUCUGCGUCGGAGAGAGAUAUUCUAGGUGUCUCUCUCUCUCUCGCGAUUACCUCCACGGGUUCAUCAAAUGCUCACCGCGGCGUCUUGAGUAUGAUAAAUCCUACUUUUACGGAUGGAAAUGAGACGGACAUCGGACUGCCAAUUUUGACAGUGUCGGCGUAAGGACGCGACGAUUAACAAGCUUCCACCGCGCUUUCUACGCACACUAUCGAGACUGUCGCUGGCAGUCAAUGAUCCCGGUCAUGACGUCCCGGUUAGGAGUCGUGCGAGAGAGCCACCGAAACGUCUCAUUGCCAAUGGUCGCCUCUGCCUUUUGCUCUCUCGCGGUAAAGGCACUCGACAGAGCCACCUUCCGGAGAGAUGGGUCGCGAGCAAAUUUGUCGCCGUUGUCUAGUGUCGACUUGUGAGAACUUGGGUUCGAGAUUUUGCCCUGCAACGAAGGACGGUUCUUGUUGGUCGCUCAUGGCGUUGAGGUCGUCGUUGAGUGCAUUCGCUUGUGGGCAAGUUUGUCGGCGGAUUCGUGACUGGGGUCGCGAGGCCCGACUUUCUGGUCUUGGGUGUAAGGCCUCGUGUUGAGUUUUAAACCUUUGUGCGACAUUUCGAGGUCAAUUUUAGGGUGUCUUAGGAAUUGAGUACCUCGGAUCGGGUUCCUCGGUUUGAGGCAGUCUUAACUCUGAAACUAUUUUUGUGGUUAGCUUGACAAAGGUCAACAACUUGGGAAGCUCUGUUCCUAGAACCCCCUGAAUAGGCGGGCUUGCUACGAGGUAAUUUGGAUGUUGCGUUGGUUUCAGAAACAAUCACGAGCUUUGAGAGCUGCUGCUUUUAAUUCAGAGAUGGCCUUAGAGCAGCCAUGAUCAAGCUAGCUGUUCAAGGUCACGAUGAUAGGCGACUUUCAACGACCUGCCGCAUUUUAGAUCAAUUUAGAUAACUUGAGACACUCCAAGAAAAUAGUUUGCUGACCGGCACAAUGACAACGACACAUCUUUAGGAAGUGCUGAUGAGAGCUCUAUUUACUUGGGUUUUAUUUUAUCCUCAUUUAAUUGAAGGACAGAAAGGUUGAUGUUUUCCCAGCAGUAUGAAGUGGGCAGCCUGCCUGGAACGUAUCGGGCCACAUCACCCACUCCGACUGCAUUUCCGAAGGCCUGAUAUUUGUCAUUGAGGGGAAAAAAGAUAUAUUAAGGGUCGCACAUUAUCAGGGGCACAUUUGCAAGGACUGUAACUUGCUUUACAUGAGGUUGGUGUACAGCCACUAAAUGUUACAUAUUUACAUUACACAUGCAUCACAUAACUAAACUGUGUACUAGAGGAAGUUUUUUUGUUCUGUUUUUUUAUUUCCGCAGCCCAGUGGAAAGCUUUGCUAAACUUCAAUUUGGAGAUGAGAACAUCUUAGAGAGCAAGCACGAAGCUAAGCAGGAGCCCCGCGAAAAGCGUCAAACUAAAAUGCCCAAAACACGUCUCCUUGCGGGGGACGGCUUGUUUGAUGUGUAACUUGACCUUGACGUGUCCUAGUUAACUUGCAAAGCCAGUGGGGCAGCAGGUGUUGUUGUUUUUGCACUCGCAGUGUUCAAAGCACUCGUUACAACGCGUUUCUCCGUCUUAUAGCACGACAAUACAUUGUUUGUCUCUGUGUGUGUGUGUGAACAUGCCUUUUGGAAGUUUUAUAUAGAACUCUACAUGUGCAAGGGAGAACAGAGCCGCUUGAGAACAGUUGUGAUAGCACCAUUUCAGUCUGUUCGAGGGCGUGCGCUAGCGUCGGCGACGACGAUUUAGCAUUUCCGAAAGCACCACGUACCCCGUCACUUUAAAGGUUCGAAAGAUCACUUACUAGUGCUGUUGUGCUCUGGAGUUAUCUCUUAAUCUCUCAUCACCCCAAGACCCUAUCAUGUUGGGAAUUCUGAAAUCAACCUCUCCUUUUGCACACGAAACGCGUAACGUUUGGAACCAAGAUUUAUUGCAAGGACAGAAGGAUACAUGCACUGCAGAGGACACAAUGAUUAAGGACAGUUCUUAACAGCCAUGUCUCUACGAUUCUUCAUUUAAUAUUCCUCGGGACCAUUACCGCCCUUCCUUCCUUAACCCGGCCGCACUUCUACCUGCAAUGCGUUGAGUGGUGUUGACAUACAUAGUCUACCAUACGGACGGACAGCAUGGUCCCAUAAAUGUCCCGGUGACGUUCGGGGGAAUGAAACGACAUCCUGAAGACGUCCUUGAAAGCACGUGUCCUGUCAGGGUAUAGCCACUGUUUGAGCGAGCCAGCUUCCUUCGUUUUAGUUACGCAUUCGAUCAAGCAAAUGCGUCCGUGGUGCUCUUUGCUCCGUGGUUUCUCUGCAGCACACAGGUGCAAUAGGGAAAAGUAUCCUGCCCUGUCGCUUUCCCCGUGGUAUUGUGGCGCACUGCGGGAAAGCGUCUCUCUGCGUCACUUUCUCGCAGAAGGCUUGGCUGGUGUCGGAAAGGGAUUUGUCUGUUUGGCUGUGUGGUUGAGGUGAAGAGCUCCUUCCUAAAUGUUUUCUUUGUGUUCCAACGUUGGGAGACCAGACUGCCGCUAUUCGUUGAGCGAGUAUGAUAGUGUCUUCUGAGUGGCUGUUACCUGCUUUAUUUGUCUGUUCUCUUUCCUAAGGCGCAGGCAUUGCAAACGGUAGACUACGCCGAGAUUCAUUUUAAACUCUCAAGGUACAAAGCGCUGUGCCAUCGCCACCGAGAGCAGUUGUCAAGGCGAGAACUGCAGGGUUAUGUAGAGAGAAGGAAACUCGGUUUUUCAUCCCGCAUAAAUAAACUUUGCGUCGCAGUAGGCUGAAACUCUGUGAGAAUGUGACGCUAGCGGUGGUCAUAGAAUGGAAAAGUUUGAGCAAUGACGUUACCUGGAUAAAAAGAUAGAAAAGAAAAACAAUCUCUCGGCGAGCUGACGUCCACCUAAGCCUAGUAUUCAUCAAACUGAAAUUUGAAAUUGUGGGUGCCUGUAGGAUUUAUUUUAGUCAAAGAACUUGUCGGUAAGAACGAAAACAAUGUCAUCCUUCUAACUGGCACGCUUUUUUCUCUGAAAUAAUUGCUACGGGACCCUGCGAUUUCAAAUUUCGGUUUGAUGCUGAAUAUUAAUCGGGCCUAGUGGACGUCGGCUCGUAGAGAAAUUUUUUUUCUUUUGUAUCUUUCGAUUUAGGUAACAUCAUGUGCUUUAGCAUUUGAUCUCUACCGCUAGCACCACAAUCUCGCGUAGUUCCAGCUUUCUGCGAUGCGUAGUAGUUUAUUUCUGCGGGCGGAUAAACCGGGUUUCAUUUUGAAUGUCUAACCCUGUCUGAGCAUCGGAUCUGAUGGCACCUAUCGCUCGGAGCGUGUGACGUUGUAGUAGUACCUGUGUCACCAUAAAUCGUAAGGAUGAAUGAGCUUGUGCAGCUUCCAGGCAGCUAACUUUGGCAGGUCAGCCUCUUCUUCUUCUUCAACUCCUUUUUUAUUGUGCAGGCAUAAGCGUCUCAUCGUGUUACCUAGUCUCUCCGCAGUUUUUGGAACUAGGCGGGUUCCGUCAUUGCGACGACUGUGAACCGACCAGCCGAACCUCUUACGCGGGGCCGGAUGGGUGACAGUUUUUACCUAGUGUCUUAAAUUGUCGGUAUUGUACCGUAUAGAUGUUUGUGUGUGUGGUUUGCUUUUAUUGUUGUGCGUAUGUUCUGCCUCUUUUUUUUUUUUUUUUUUUGCUGGCAAAGUUUUUUUAAGUGGGAUGCACCUUGAGCUGUUCGGUCACCUGCAAACAAAAAUGGUCAUGCUCGUAUCGACGGAAAUUGGAAGGCUACGACUACUUCAAUGUGCCUCACUCUGCCGCCAUAUGACGUGCUACUCUGCAAUGUGAAAAUGGUCACGGCACUUGUAGGGUGCCUGGACAGUUUUUGUUCGGGCCCGUACAUCACGAGUCAACGUUUCCGUGUGUUGAGCGCUGUGCUCGAGUUUACAAUGCGGCAGAAUUUGUCUAUUUUUUAGGUAUUAAAAGUCUGCAAAAAUAUAAAUGGAGGAAGAAAAAGGCUUGAAAGCUCUUCCUAGCCUAGUCAGAAAAGGAGUUGUGCAUUAUGAGUUAGUAAUUUGAAUUUAUAGCUCCUUCCCUAGUUUAAAUCAUCAUAAAUGACCCACAAACACAGUGUAUCGCGAAGAUAGCACUGUCAAAUCGAAGCAAGGAAAUUUCAUGGCUGUGCUAUCACAAGCUCUCUGACUGUGCUUUAGUGCCAUUUUAAACUCCCUCGCUUUGCAUACCUCUACAGUCGCAAGCCAUUUGAUUAUACUUUAAUGCCAUUUGCAGCUUCCCCACGUUACGCAUAUGUACUUCUCUGCAUUGACUUGUUGCACUGCAAAUAAGCAUUCUGUGUGAUGGGUAAAGUUUGCGAAAGAAAGCUCCACAGAAGUAUCUCUAAGGGCACCAGAAUGAUACGGUUGCUUGCAGGUUUUGAGUAUGUUCAAAUGGAAGUUACUGAGACCUAAUAUUUAAUUUAAAUGAUCUCAAAAGAGGCACUACACUUGCAAGGAAAUUCAAUACACUUCUAGUCUUGUUGUCGACUUGUCUAUUCUUGCAUUGUUCACUUUGGUGUUCAUUGAUGCCGUUUCCAUUUUUGUUUUUGGGGAGGUGGGUUUUUCUCUAGUUUAUGCUUAUCUUUUUGUUGUCUCUUUUCUCACAGUCGCUUUUGAUGCCUUUAUACACCUUGUUAUCUCGAGGAAAUUAUUUUAUAUUUUGUGUGCCCGUGUUUACCCAGGCAUUCCGAAGUGAUGCUGUGGAUUGCUUGAGGGAGUGUUUGCAAUAUUUUAUGCACCCUUUGUUUGCUGUGAUAUGUGUGUAAUAUCUUUUAGCAGUGCCAUAGUGGCGGCAUUAUUAAGAACGAUAGACUGCUCCACGGCAAUAGCAUACUUAUUUACCGUUGCUUGAUUGUUAUUUCUAGUUUUCUGGAUCACUUGACUUUCUGAUUUCUCUUAAAAAUGUUUUCGGUGUCGUCGACUGUCCCAGGCAGGAGCCGGUUUACCGUGCAGUCGCGCUUAUGGGGGUUGCGUAAAGUUGGCCGUAUCACCACGACCCGUUUUAUCUUGUCAGUCCCGUCCGGGAUGUUCGAAAAGUAAGGUGGCUCAGUAUGUUUUCGAAAAUUGUUUUCAUUGCUGCUUUAUGACUCGCCAUGCCAUUAACCCUUUGAGUGCCAACUUUUUGGGGUUUUUUUUCUCGUGCUGAACGGACAUUUCGGUCUCAGUAACACUGCAGCGUGCUCUGUGAAGGCUGUUUAUUUGUAUAAAAGACACUUUUAGGGGCAAAAAAAAAAAAGAAAAAGUUUUUUGACGUCUGCAUGCCUCCAACCCAGGACACAUUUCUCGUAUUGUAACUUUUUAGCUGUUGUAGAGGCACCUUGACCUCGCACCCCGAGGUCACUCUUUUGGGUGGCCUUCACGGCCUUUUGUUUAUUCGACACUGUAACUUCUUUGUUUUUGAUGGUUGUCAAAUAUCAAAUUUGUUAGUAAUUUCUAGAUCUCGAUGUUUGGCUUGAAGAGCAAGGUUGACCGUCAUGGAUUCCUCGUUCUGUAACAACGAAGGAGCAUACUGAAAUAGAACUUGCCUAAACAAAACAAUGACAUGCUACCAAAAAGUGGCACCACAAAUAGGAGAGUGCUUUUAUCGCUUGCUCACACAUGCCACUACACAUUAAAAAGAAAAAGAAUAUUGCAAAUUAGUUGAGAGGGCCAGGGAGCAAACUACAUCCUGGGGCAUGGCACUCAAAGGGUUAAACAUACUUUCCAUUUAAUGCUGCACUGUUCAGCAUUAAAUGCACAUAGCAGCACGCACUCUGGGCACGUUUACUUGUGAGUGUAAUGCAAAACAGUUAAAAGCAAAAAAAAAAAAAAAGAAACUGGCUGGCUGAUUGGCUGCAAGGCAUAUACUAGUAGCACUUUAUUGGAAUUCGGUGCAUUGUCACAACAGCUCAAGUUGAACCAUAACCGAAUUCAUCCUAGAAAAAUGCUCGAGCAUUGUCUUGAACAUCGUACUAGAACUUCGGUGUGGUUGCAAUUCCGUGCUAUGCCUUUAGGAACGUAAUACUAACUUUGAGUACUUUGAUUUCUCGUGUUUGUCACAAUGCUUUAAUUACCGUAAUGUCCCGAGAGAUGCCCCAGCCCCAAAAGAUAACUUACCCCUAUUUUUAGCUUGAUUUGCUAUUUUCUUUUAAACACCGAAAGAUAGCCCACUCCUAGUAAUUAUAGUGGCCGGAUCAAUGAUGACCUCGACGUAAAUGCGGCAAGGUUGCUAUGGCGGGAUAUAAGUGGACAUUGCCGACUGGAAAUUGUGCUGUCAUCUCUGCUUCACUGUCCCUCGCCGCGAUAACGAGUUUGGCAGGAAAACAUGAUCUAAAAAUAGUGUUUUUUCAACUUGUUUUGGUUGCACAUCGAAAGUUAGCCUACUCCUUAUUUUUACCCAAUUCGCCCUUGAUUUUAGGUGGGCUAUCUUGGGAUAUUACGGUAUUAUUUCCUGGUAAAACAUUCUGUUGCCUUACCCUUCGAUUGUCCGUGGUACUUCCAAGAGUUAGGUCAGGGUUAUUGGUCUAGCUUGUUUCAGAGUUGUUGCAUUAGCGGUGUACAAUAUAAGUGUUGCAAUACUUUUGCCGUUGGUUUAGUUUGAGCCACUAGUCUGCAAAGGCAUACUUUUAUUCCGACCUCUUAAUCGAAUGCGAGAUUUCUUUCCUCCUAGGCAUUCGCUGUCCACUGCAUAGACAUUGUACAUAUUGUUGCCUCUGUGCGUGAACUAGCAGCGAAUAAACAUUAUUUCAAAACCUUUA